AUGUCUGCAACUAGCGUUUGUGGAGCCCACCAUCAAAUUGAGAUGAACAUUUUCGAGUUCAUCAUCAAGUUCAAAGUUUCGGAGAGUAGUCUUAAACUUUGGCUUCGUUCACAGUUCAAUGAUCUUUUCGGAAGUCAAAACAAAGUUCCUAAUUUAGACGAAUAUCCAGCCCUUUAUGUUAUGGUCGAAGAUGAAUCAUAUGCAUCUAUUGACGUUACAAAAUCUCAAAUUUCCGAAGUUUGUGGAUUUUGGGAUUCAAAUUUAUACCCGAGAGUUGACGAAUUUGCACACGACCUUAUCGUUGACGCUCAAUACUUAUAUAAAAGUUUAUAA